AGUCGAUUCGGUAAAAAUCUUCUACAUCAACAUGUCUGGACGUGGUAAAGGUGGAAAGGGCUUAGGCAAAGGAGGCGCCAAGCGUCACCGCAAAGUAUUGCGUGAUAACAUCCAGGGUAUCACUAAGCCUGCCAUCCGUCGUCUUGCUCGCAGAGGUGGUGUCAAACGUAUCUCUGGUCUGAUCUAUGAAGAAACCAGAGGUGUCCUAAAGGUUUUCCUUGAAAAUGUCAUCAGGGAUGCCGUCACCUACACUGAGCAUGCCAAGAGGAAGACUGUCACUGCUAUGGAUGUGGUCUACGCAUUGAAACGCCAAGGACGUACCCUGUACGGCUUUGGUGGUUAAACCAUCUCGAACGCUGCAUCUCACACCUCUCAAGAAAACACCGGCCCUUAUCAGGGCCAUCCCAAA